CGACACCUCUUGUUGGUGGAAGUGACGCGCAGGCGUGCGGAGCUGUCAUCCGUUUUCAAUCCUAGCUUCUCCUCUCUGUCCUGUGCUCGGACUUGGGCACCGGUUCCGACCCGGCUCCGGACUGGUUCGGCUUGCCUUUGGGUAUUCCCUCCCCACUCCCUCCCUGCUGUGCGGCGCUGACUGACACACAAGCACACACACACACACGCCACCCCUCUCAUUCGAGGAAAGAAAAUGUCCACCACCGGCGGCGGAGAGUUCGGUAACCCCCUGCGGAAAUUCAAGCUUGUUUUCCUAGGCGAGCAAAGCGUGGGGAAGACCUCGCUCAUCACCAGGUUCAUGUACGACAGCUUUGACAACACCUACCAGGCAACCAUUGGAAUAGAUUUCCUGUCGAAGACCAUGUAUUUAGAGGAUCGUACGGUUCGGCUGCAGCUGUGGGACACAGCCGGGCAGGAGCGUUUCCGCAGCCUCAUUCCCAGCUACAUCCGCGACUCCACCAUCGCUGUCGUGGUGUAUGACAUCACCAACCUCAACUCCUUCCAGCAAACCUCAAAGUGGAUCGAUGACGUCAGAACGGAGAGAGGAAGUGAUGUCAUCAUCAUGCUGGUGGGGAACAAAACGGACCUGGCCGAUAAGAGCAGGCAGAUCACCACAGAAGAGGGCGAGCAGAGAGCUAAGGAACUGAACGUCAUGUUCAUUGAGACCAGCGCAAAGACUGGCUACAAUGUCAAACAGUUGUUCCGCCGCGUGGCUGCAGCGCUGCCAGGGAUGGACAGCACGCCUGAGAAGAGUAAAGAGGACAUGAUCGACAUCAAGCUGGAGAAGCCGCCGGAACAGCCCGUCACCGAGAGCAGCUGCUCCUGCUAGUGCCGCCCCCCUCCCGCCCUCCUCUCCCAACAGCUCGACUCUCAUUGGCCACUCGCACCGACCGCGUCACCACGCCAUUGGCUAGAGAACCUGUUUCCUCGUCGACUCAGUGACUUUCGGAGUAACCGUGUGGAUGUGCUAACUACUCUGUAUUUAAGCAAAACGAGACAAAAAAAAAAGUUUAAAAGUGUAAACUAAUUAAAACACAGGAUAAGUUAAAUGCCGAUACGUUCAAAUCUCAUCUAUUCUGACUGCAUGGCGUGUGUAGGAUUGCAGACUGAGAUAGCUUCUCCCUCCACUCUUUUGAGUUCUUGCACUUUUUCUGGAGCAAAUUUGGUGCCGUUUCCACUCUUGUCAUUGGUGAAUAAUGGUUAAAAAAAGUGUUAAAAAUUAUAUAAAUAUAUUGUAUUGUGAAUGUUGAAAUGUGAAGAAGGCCACUUCUGUGCAGCUGAAAGAAGUAACUUUGUUUUAUUUCGCCCGUUGCUUCAGUGUCUUGGUUUUGCUUUGAAACGCGACAGCUGUUCCAUCGUGGUACCCAGACCUGGUGGUCAUGCUGAAUAGGCUGGGCAGGAUGUGAAGAGGGAGAGUUCUCAAUAGCCCUUUCCGACAGUGAGCAUGAAAUUACUUCAAUACAUUCAUAGUUGAUUUUUACUUUUUCAAAGCAGAAUCCUGUCCCAGAGCCAGUUAUAAAGUAAUUUGAGAUCCCUGGUCACCGAUGGGUCACACUGUCAUUUCCAGCAAGAGGUGUUGUUCCUCAAUUCUAAAUCCUGUGAUUUUUUUUUUAAUAGGUGCCGUAACAGCGGUAUUGUCCGUCCAUGCCACCCAGUCCAAUCUUGCCAUCUUCAGAGAACAUAUUCCUCCCUGCUUUAUCACACGAGUGAAAAUCAAAUGCUGUCUUUUAACAUCCAAACAGAGCUCAACUCGACAAACCUUAGUUUAAGCCAGGAAACUAUUCACACUUGAUAACGGAGGGCAUUUUCAAGUGAGGGUGUGCUAGCUAUUGAACAGGAAGAACUAAGGCGGCAAGAGAGAGAGAUGGACCUUGUAUAUAUUCUGUAGAAGGCCCGUUUACCCAGCAUGCCACAUUGUUGUACAUAUGAAAUGACCCACCACGGCGCUGUUUUCACCCGACAGUCUGCUGUACCGUGCUGCAGUACGGUGCUUGCUUAGAAUGGAGGUUCCCCCGUUUACUCAGAUGGGGCCGCGGUCAGUCCCCGCGUCUCCAACCGGUAGCGGAGGAGGUUUUCCGAACGAGCCCUUACAGCUCGGAUGAGGGAGAACUCGGCGGGUGAUGGGAAGUGAACGGGGAAACUGCGGAGCUGUAGCUGUUGCCUUAUGCCGUGCAAUCCUAGUCUGGUCAAGGUCCCGGCCCGCGAGGGGCUGGUCUGAGCCAGUCUUGUGAGUGGCCAGUAGACCCGGCUGCUUGCCGGCCUGCUCCUGUGGAAAUGCAGUGCAAGUGAAGUGUGUUCGUUGCCCUCUGCCCUCUGGCCCCUGUCUGAGUUGCUUGCUUUUGUCCUUUCUUAUGAUUCGUAAAUAUUGAAAUCUUUUUCGCUGGACUAUACUUGCAACAAAAGGAAGCCAGUUGUUUAGUUUUGAAUUUUGUACCUUAAAACACAGGGGGGCUCCAAACCCCCCCAUCUCACCGCAGUCGUAUUCGAACCCAGGCCUGUCUCUGUGUCUCUGCAGUAGUGUGUCUGUGUCAGUCUGCACUGGGCUGGAAAGACACUCUCCCCACAGGAUCAACACUAACCCCACCUUCCCUGCCCACUGGGCCUAUUCACUGUAGUUUGUCUGACAAUGUUUAAGAAGAUUUAAAAAAAUGUAGAUAUUAAUUUGACUAUCCUGUUUGAAAGAACCCUCUUUAUCUGAACUGGUCACUUUUAAGUAAUUUGUCACUGACUGAAUAUUCAGCUCUGUGCUAUCUGGAGUGUGUCUGUCCAUUUUAAACCUGCUGUCCACUAGUCUUUAGCGAAGUUUGUGUGAAUAAUGUACUAUCUGCUGUAAAAACAAAUAAAAAAAAACACCGAAGUGUAUCACGGAGAAAUAAAGUUAAGAGGUUUCACCAAAAA